GACGAAGGGAAAAUAAUGUCUGAUUAUUCCUUCUUAAAUGAUCAGCUCUCGAAACGCACCUCCAUUUUCGGUUUGCGUUUGUGGGUUGUUCUUGGAAUCUGCGUUGGAGCUGCUAUCGUCAUCAUUCUCUUCCUUAUCUCCCUUUGGUUCACUUCUAAACGCCAAAAGAAAGCGACCCUUAGCAGCCUCAACAGCAGCUUUAAGCCUACUCAUAACUCUAUCAUCCCCAGUGUUUCCAAAGAGAUUCAGGAAAUCCGGGUCGACCCAUCUCGUCAUUCUAAUCCCGAGACUAAGCUUCACCAAGCUUCAAACCCUGAUCCGCUUCCAGAAUCGGAGCAUGUACUGGUUCUUCAUUCGGAAGACGACAAUAGCACCGUCACCGGGCGCAACAGAAUUCACAUUGAGAUAGGGAAGGAUCAUCGGAUUGCAUAUCCCGAACAUGGAGCCGUGUCGGGUCAUGGAUCGGGUGAAUCCAGGUAUGGUGAUCAGAGGAUGGCGACUGUGGCGGCUCCGGAAGUUUCCCACUUGGGCUGGGGACAUUGGUAUACGUUGAGAGAGCUUGAGGAGUCUACUAAUGAGUUUGCUCCCGAGAAUGUGAUUGGUGAAGGCGGUUAUGGAAUUGUUUACCGUGGUGUUUUGGAAGACAAUACUAAAGUUGCUGUGAAGAAUCUACUAAAUAAUAGGGGUCAAGCUGAAAAGGAGUUUAAGGUUGAAGUGGACGCAAUUGGACGCGUAAGACAUAAGAAUUUGGUGAGAUUACUUGGUUAUUGUGCGGAAGGAGCUCAUAGGAUGCUUGUUUAUGAAUACGUUGACAACGGGAAUUUAGAACAAUGGCUUCAUGGAGAUGUUGGGUCUUGCAGUCCUCUUACAUGGGAGAUCCGCAUGAAUAUAGUGCUUGGAACCGCGAAAGGAUUGACAUAUCUGCAUGAGGGACUUGAACCUAAGGUUGUACAUCGUGACAUCAAGUCGAGCAAUAUUUUGCUUGAUAAACAGUGGAAUGCGAAAGUAUCCGACUUUGGCCUAGCAAAGCUCUUGGGUUCGGAGAGGAGCUAUGUGACAACUCGUGUGAUGGGAACAUUUGGAUAUGUGGCUCCUGAAUAUGCUAGCACGGGCAUGUUAAAUGAGAGAAGUGAUGUAUACAGUUUUGGCAUUCUUCUGAUGGAAAUAAUAUCAGGAAGAAAUCCAGUGGAUUACAGCCGGCCUCAAGGGGAGGUAAAUCUGGUUGAAUGGCUUAAAACAGUGGUUACCAACCGGAAUGCGGAGGGUGUUUUGGAUCCAAGGUUACCUGAAAAACCUUCUUCCAGAGCACUGAAACGAGCCCUUUUAGUCGCUUUACGCUGUGUAGACCCAAAUGCUCAAAAAAGGCCUAAGAUGGGCCAUGUGAUUCAUAUGCUUGAGGCUGAUGAGUUCCCAUUUAGAGAUGACCGUAGAGCUGGACGGGAUAACAUGAGCUCCCUACAAGAUGGGGAGAAGGAUAGAUUGACAGAGAAGCCUGUGAAUGAAUCAGGUGACAGUAGUGGAUAUGAAAGUGGCGCCCAAACUAAUAGAUCAUUACGGAGAAAACCAGAAUCUGAAGAGCAAUAGCUGUGCAAAAUCAAA